AUGUCUCAAGAGAUGGGAGAGCUCACCCAAACCAGAUUGCAGAAGAUCUGGAUUCCACACAACAACGGCAACAUCAGGCUGCAACGGAGGAGGGGCUCAUCCAUACCACAGUUUACAAAUUCCCCCACGAUGGUGAUCAUGGUGGGUUUACCAGCUCGAGGAAAGACCUACAUCUCAACAAAGCUCACGCGCUAUCUCAACUGGAUAGGAACACCAACUAAAGUGUUUAAUUUAGGCCAAUAUCGACGAGAGGCAGUGAGCUACAAGAACUACGAAUUCUUUCUUCCCGACAACAUGGAGGCCCUACUUAUCAGGAAGCAGUGUGCCCUAGCAGCCCUGAAAGAUGUUCAUAGCUAUCUCAGCCAUGAGGAAGGUCGUGUUGCAGUUUUUGAUGCCACCAACACUACCAGAGAACGACGGUCACUGAUUCUGCAGUUUGCUAAAGAACAUGGUUACAAGGUCUUUUUCAUUGAGUCCAUUUGUAAUGACCCUGAUGUCAUUGCAGAAAACAUCAAGCAAGUGAAACUUGGCAGUCCUGAUUAUAUAGACUGUGAUCGUGAAAAGGUUCUGGAAGAUUUUCUAAAGAGAAUAGAGUGCUAUGAGGUCAACUACCAACCUUUGGAUGAUGAACUGGAUAGCCACCUGUCCUACAUCAAGAUCUUCGACGUGGGCACACGCUACAUGGUGAAUCGUGUGCAGGACCAUAUCCAGAGCCGCACAGUCUACUAUCUCAUGAACAUUCACGUCACACCCCGCUCCAUCUACCUAUGCCGGCAUGGUGAGAGUGAACUCAACCUCAGAGGCCGUAUUGGAGGUGACUCUGGCCUCUCAGCUCGGGGCAAGCAGUAUGCCUAUGCCCUAGCCAAUUUCAUUCAGUCCCAGGGUAUCAGCUCCCUGAAGGUGUGGACCAGCCACAUGAAGAGGACCAUCCAGACAGCUGAAGCCUUAGGUGUUCCCUAUGAGCAAUGGAAGGCCCUGAAUGAGAUUGAUGCGGGUGUCUGUGAGGAGAUGACUUAUGAAGAAAUCCAAGAACACUACCCUGAAGAAUUUGCACUGCGAGACCAAGAUAAAUACCGCUACCGCUAUCCUAAGGGAGAGUCUUAUGAAGAUCUGGUCCAGCGUCUGGAGCCAGUUAUAAUGGAGCUAGAACGGCAGGAAAAUGUAUUGGUGAUCUGCCACCAGGCUGUCAUGCGGUGCCUCCUGGCCUACUUUCUGGACAAGAGCUCAGAUGAGUUGCCUUAUCUCAAGUGCCCUCUGCACACGGUGCUCAAACUUACACCUGUGGCUUAUGGCUGCAAGGUGGAGUCCAUCUACCUGAAUGUGGAGGCUGUAAACACACAUCGGGAGAAGCCUGAGAAUGUGGACAUCAGCCGGGAACCUGAAGAAGCCCUGGACACUGUUCCUGCCCACUACUGA